UUUUUUUUUACCAAUCAGUUUAUGUAUGCGUAAUUUCAGUCCGUCGUGGUUUUCUGAGAUUUCUAAGCAGCGGUAGACUACAAACAAUCCGACUGUUGGUCGUGUGUGGAUGUGUUUCGCUGCUGCGCAGUACAACACGCAGCAUUGAUCCGCCUGAGCCAAUGUUGUGGAUGCACGCACUGGCAUCGAAGGAUCGCUACUCUGAAAUCCGAUGAAGGAGAAUACUCCGCCUGUGGCCCUUCAUCGGCAUCUCACGGCCACUGGGCUUGCAAUAAACAUUCCAAAGCUGCCUUUGACACCAAAGAAUCAUCAUUGCAUUUUUUAAGAACGCUGACGUGAUUGACCAGAGGAGACCAAAACCAACCAUUACGCAUUCCGAUUUUUUAAUGCCCGCUUGAGGGCUACCUGCAACUGUCAUCCUCUAUUUCUGCUGUCAAUAGCUUUCAACCAGCAUCUCUUUUGACCAUCGGUUGCCCAGACCGAGACUCAAGAAUGCACCUCAAUGCAGUGUUGCUGGCGGUGGUCCUUUUUGGAAACUUAAUGCUGCAGUACGCCUCAGCUCAAAACGCUGGGUUUGUGAAGUCGCCCAUGUCUGAAACUAAGCUGACAGGGGACGUGUUUGAGCUGUACUGCGACGUGGUGGGCAACCCCACGCCGGAGAUCCAGUGGUGGUACGCCGAGAUCAACCGCGCCGACUCCUUCAAACAGCUGUGGGGCGGCGCGCGCAAGAAACGCGUCACCAUCAACACGGCCUACGGGGCCAACGGCGUGAGCGUGCUCGGCAUCAACCUGCUGAAGAUGGAGGACUCCGGGACCUACGAGUGCCGGGCCAGCAACGACCCGCGGCGCAACGAACCCCGACAAAACCCGGCCAUGACCUGGAUCCGGGCCCAGGCCACCAUAACCGUCCUGCAGAAGCCCAAGAUCAAUGCCUCUGACCAGGUGGUCCUGCCCACGCCACCCCCGUCUCAGCACGGGAUGCCACCCCCCCCUCUGCCGCCAGUCAUCCUGUAUUGCAACCUGACCACGGCCCACCAGGCCCAACAUGCCCAACGCCAGAGCUUCUGGAUGAAGAACGGAGUGGAGAUCGAUUACACAAGGAAGGAAACGAUCUACACAGAACAUAAAUUGAACAAGCCACGAGCAGAGGAUGCUGGAGAGUAUAUGUGCGUCUACACCUUUGACAUGGCUCCUAACGCAAAUGCCACCAUUGAAGUAAAAGCUGCCCCAGAGGUCACUGGACACAAGCGCAGUGAGAACAAGAACGAGGGGGAGAACGCCAUGCUCUACUGCAAGUCUGUGGGCUACCCUUACCCCGUGUGGAUCUGGAGGAAAAAAGUCGCCGAGACCUGGGUGGACCUUGACAACUCGUCCGGCCGCUUCUUCGUCACAUCCCGAGACAGCUACACAGAGCUCAACGUCAUCAACCUGGACAUCAGCACAGACGCAGGACAGUACCAGUGCAACGCGACCAACAACAUCGGCCACAAGUCCUCCACAUCCAUACUGCGAGUGCGCAGCCACCUUGCGCCGCUCUGGCCCUUCCUGGGUGUGCUUGCCGAGAUCCUCAUCCUGGUCGUCAUCAUCGUCGUCUACGAGAAACGCAAGAAGCCCGACGAGGUGCAAGAUGAUGAUGAGCCAGUUGGACCAAUGAAAAAUUCGACAAAUAACCACAAAGACAAAAAGGUCCGACAACGGAACACCAACUGAGCUGACAGAUCAAGCCAGAGAUGACGGACUGCAUAUCGUGACCAUAUGAAGGUAUCUGGGAGGAGGUCCUGGUGGUUUUUAAUGAAGCACAUCUUCUCGUUCUGAGAAAACAAACUAAUAGCGACAACAACGACCAAGGCAACAACUACGACAAAAGCGACAACGACAACAAAAGCAACAACGAUGACAAAAGCAAAAACAACAACAAAAAUCAAGAAAAAAAGAGAAGAGAGAGAAUGAAGCAUAUCUUCUCGUUCUGAGAAAACAAACUAAUAGCGACGACGACGACAAAGGCAACAACUACGACAAAAGCGACAACGACAACAAAAGCAACAACGAUGACAAACGCAACAACAACAAAAAUCAAGAAAAAAAAAGAGAAGAGAGAGAAAACAGAAACAGCACAACACUGGCAGAAGAGAACUCAAUGACUGUCUUAAGCAUGCCUUAUUCAGUCUUAUGUGAACAGAUGCGUGGACCCAGGUGACUCAAAUCCUUUUGGAAAAGGUGUACACAUUGUUUUUCUGUUCUCUCUUUCUCCCGUGUGCUAGGUGUUGCUCGUGAUUAUUUUUUAUCAUUUCAUCAGACUUGACGGUGAUCCUUAUUUUUUUGUUUCUUUUUCUCGUUUUCAUAUCUACAUAUCGUCUCAAAUGCAUGCAAUAUCAGAGAGGUGUUCAGAGUUCACAUAUUUUUUAAUUUCCAUGUUUUAUUCUCUGUGUGUUUUGCAUCCAAGUAAAAGGAUUAUGCUUUUCUAAUGAAAUCUUCCAAAUGCAGAAAAAAAAGAAAAAAACUAAUAAUAUAGAGAUUAUAUGUGCAGUUUAUCUUUGAAUGAUAUAUGAGAUAUAUGAAAAAAUAUUAUAUAAUAUGGAUGUGUAUGAGUGUAAAGAGAUCAUUUUAAUCAGUUGGAAUGCAAAGGCCCGGCAGGAGUGUUCAGAACAGUAUUUAACCAUGUAUGUGAUAGAGAAAACGCCGGUUAAAUGUUACAUAAUUUUUUUCUCUUGAGUAGAUGUCGUAUACAUGUUGCGCUGUAAGUGUUCCAAUAUUAUAUAGCAUAUCUGUAAAAACUAAAGCAAAUAUCAUUUUAUAUUUCUCAAUGUAAUCCAUCUGAUCCAUUUUUAUUUUUAGUCAAUGAAGAAUUCUUGUAAAGCAUGGCCAUAAUCCUAUGCAAUAUGUAUUCGAGAUAGAUCUACUGACAAUAAGAUGGAUUAUUGGGGAGU